UGGGAGGGAGGCGGUCACACUUGGUCACACUGUGUGGCGUAAGGCGGUGCGGAUGGCAGCCCUGUAGGUUGGCGGGAUCUGGCGCUGGGCAUGGUUUUGAACAGAUGUGGAGUGUGGACAAAGGGAAAAGGAGUCAAGGGUUAUUGCAGCGUUUGUGGCCUGAACAAAUGAGAUAAUGGAGAGAACUGCAGAAGGAGGGGACUCAGAAGUGAGGCUGGAUGCAUUAGGGUUGAAAACCUUCUGAGAGUGCCUGAAUGAAGGUGUCAGGUGAGGAGCUGGUCAGGUGUGGGGACUGGCAGAAGGCCAGGUUGGAGGCAGGCAUGUGAGUCUUCAGCAUAGAUGGCAUUGGUGUUCAGUAAUGAGUGCGCCCCCUCUGUAAUAGACAUAGAUGAGGGCUGAGCCCCAGACUCGCCAGGACUUUGAGGCGUCACAGCUGUCAGUGAGGCAGUUAGGGAACUGAGAGAAGCUGUCCCAGAUUCACAUAGGAGAGGGACUUUCGAAGGAUUGGGGCUGUGUCAGUGCCGCCGCAGGUUGAGUUGGAAGUGUGGUCACAGCUGACCCCUGAUCUGGUGAUGUGGUGCAUGUUUGGGGUGACAGCCCCACUGCAGUGGACUCAAAGAAGGAGGAAACGGAGAAAUGGAGCAUGGGGUGAGGGCUCUUUGAAUGUGGCUGUGGAGGAGGAGAGUCAUGGGGCGGUAAUUAGUGGGACAUGAGGCCCAUGAAAUGCAUUUUUCGGGUAGCCGGAAACUGGUGAGUUUCUUUAUGAUGAGGAGAGUGGUGGGCUUGGAGGGUGGGGACUUUAGGAUGGAGGAGAGGGGUGGGCGCUCAAGUGCUGUCCCUGCAUGUGUGAGAGGGAAAGGGAGUUCACACACAAGUGGAAGUGUUGACCUUAGGUCAAAUCAAGGACAGUUUAACCCAGGUAACAAGCCUGGCAGAGGAUGGGUGGAGAUACAGGCUGGCAGGAGAUGUGGCAGGCAGUGGCUGUCCUUGCCUCAUUUCUUCUGUUUUCUCGUUGAAGCAAGAAGCAGGGUCACCAGUGGGGAGGGAGGAGGGAGUGAUGGGUCUGUAAGAAGACAGGAGAAGUGGGUGGUCCUGUCAGGGAGUGGGAAGGGUAGGAGUUACUGGCAGCUCUCAGGCCCCAUUAGGCAAGCAGCUCUGAAUUUAAAGAACUCAGUCAGCAAGAGUGCAGGCAUGAAUCAGACCAAAGCUUGGGUUUUCCCAUCCAAGUAUGAUGGAGGCAGGAAAGGGCAGGGGGCCUGGAUUCUUUGCAGGAGGGUGAUUCUCAUGUAACUUGCAGUGAACACUGUGCCAGACUUUGGAGUCUAAGCUAGUUACAGAGGGGAGAAGAGGACAUGAAGGAGGGAAUGAGGGACAGUGAAGAGGUGACAGUGUUGAUACAUUUAUACAUUUGUUUAAAAUAUCUGUCAUGGUUUUUUAAUGGAGUCCAAGCAUAUCCCCACCCCUCUGCAACUCAUCCAGGGUUCACUAAGGGUCAGAGGGGUGUUGUGCACCACAGGCCAAUCUGUCCUGGUGUCAGAUGUUAAAACAGGAGCCACAAAGAAGCCAUCUUGCGUGGGACAGGCUUGGGUGUGAGACCAGAGCUGUGGGUAGCAGCACGUUGGGUCAGGAGUGAGGGGCAGAGGAAACACUUUCCACCUCUUGGAGAUGAAUUUCAUCCUGCCCUCAUUGAGGAGAUCCCCGUCCAUGAAGUGAGGGGAGAGAUGAUUCUGUUGUCUUUUGUUUCAGAUUCUAAUGUAGGAACUGGUGAGAAGAAGGUGACUGAAGCCUGGAUUUCUGAGGAUGAAAACUCACAUAGGACAAUGUCAGACAAAGUCACAGCGAUGGAGCUCCCCUCCCCUGAGUCUGGGGAAGUCUGUGAGCCCAGAUUAGAGGAGCUCUUGGGAAAUCCAGAAGGUCAGAGCCUGGGGAGUUUCCCAUCUCAGGACAGGGGCUGCAAGCAGGUGACCGUGACCCGUUGGAAGAUCCAAACACGGGAGACAGCUCAAGUGUGCACCAAGUCAAGCAGACGCCCUGUUCUGAACUCAGACCUUCUUAUACUUCAAAGAGAGCUCAUAGAGGGGGAAGCCAAUCCUUGCGAUAUCUGUGGCAAAACCUUCACAUUUAAUUCGGACCUAGUUAGGCAUCAGAUUUUGCAUGCUGGGAAGAAACCUUACACGUGCGAUCAGUGUGGGAAAGGCUUUGGCCAGAGCUCACACCUCAUGGAGCAUCAGAGAAUUCACACUGGAGAGAGGCUCUAUGUCUGUAAUGUCUGUGGGAAAGACUUCAUUCGCUAUGCAGGUCUCAUUGAGCAUCAGCGCGUUCAUUCGGGAGAAAAGCCUUUCAAAUGUGUGCAAUGUGGGAAGGCGUUUUGUCACAGUUCAGACCUGAUUAGGCACCAGAGAGUUCACACCAGAGAGAGACCUUUUGAAUGCAAAGAGUGUGGGAAAGGCUUCAGUCAAAGCUCCUUACUUAUUCGUCAUCAGAGGAUUCAUACAGGAGAAAGGCCCUAUGAGUGCAAUGAAUGUGGGAAAUCCUUCAUAAGGAGCUCGAGCCUCAUUCGCCAUUAUCAGAUCCACACAGAAGUGAAACAGUAUGAAUGCAAAGAAUGUGGGAAGGCGUUCCGUCAUCGCUCAGACCUGAUUGAGCACCAGAGAAUUCACACCGGAGAGAGACCCUUUGAAUGCAGCGAGUGUGGGAAGGCUUUUAUUCGGAGUUCAAAGCUCAUUCAGCAUCAGCGGAUCCAUACUGGGGAGAGGCCUUACGUAUGCAAUCAGUGUGGGAAGCGCUUCAGCCAGACAUCAAACUUCACCCAGCAUCAGAGAAUUCACACUGGAGAGAAACUCUAUGAAUGUAACGAGUGUGGGAAAGCUUUCUUUCUGAGUUCAUACCUUAUUCGACACCAGAAAAUCCACACCGGGGAGAGGGUGUAUGAAUGUAAGGAAUGUGGGAAGGCGUUUCUCCAGAAAGCCCAUCUCACUGAGCACCAGAAGAUCCACUCUGGGGACAGGCCCUUCGAAUGUAAAGACUGCGGGAAAGCCUUCAUCCAGAGCUCCAAGCUGCUUCUGCACCAGAUUAUUCACACUGGAGAAAAGCCCUAUGUGUGUAGUUAUUGUGGGAAAGGCUUCAUUCAGAGGUCAAACUUCCUUCAACACCAGAAAAUUCAUACUGAAGAGAAGCUCUAUGAGUGUAGUCAGUACGGGAGAGAUUUUAACUCAGCCACAAACUUUAAAAAUAAUCAGAGUGUUCACCAAGAGGGACUUUCUUUGAGUAAGGCCUCCGUGCAUUUGGGUGAGAGGUCUGCAGAGCAGGGGGAACACACAGAUAACUUAUAAAUAAUAACUCUUCUGCCCAAUGAGUGAUGUUUGGAAAUGGGUGGACUUAGGAUUCAUGUGGCAUCUACGAUUUGGACAUGUCAGAAUUUUGUGAGUCAUGGAUGGGACUGUUUUUGGAGUGGGUGCCACCUGCCACUGUGUGGCACUACCGGGCUUAGCCCUCCUCCUUAGCUGUGAGCGCUGUCCUCGGGAGAGUCACGGGGCUUGACCCCUGACUCUGAGCUGGAACAUCAGGGGCAGGGAGGAGACGGGUCUCAAGCAAAGGUUUUU